UUUUAAUCAGUGUUCUGACUUUAUUUAAAUUCGUGUCUCAUAAGUAUAUCAAUAAAAUGGUAACAAAUGAAAUGUUCACUGAAAACAAAGUGAAAACCUACAAAAAUACUGAACAGGAGGAGGAUAAAGUUUAUAGCUAUGACGAGGCAAUUACUUUGGCAGGGAAUGGCCGCUACACAUAUGGACUGCUGGCGGUAGUCAGCCUUUCAAUCUUGGCGAUGGGCUGCGACAUGUUCGGCUUCUCUGUGGUGGUGGUUGGCUGUCAAUGCGAUUUCCAGCUCACAGCUGGGCAGAGGAACGUACUGAUGUCCAUGCCUUUUCUUGGUCCAGUAGUCAUGUCAUACCCGUGGGGCUUCUACAGUGACACGCGGGGCCGACGAAAAUGUCUCCUUCUCGCUAUGAGUUGUGGUUUUCUGGCCUCAGCCGCCAGCGCACUGUCACCAAACUGGAUCGUGCUCGCUGUACUCCGGUUCGUGAGCACUAGUUGCUGCAGUUGCGCGCAGUCAGCAACGUACGCGCUGCUGGGCGAGUCGAGCUCACAGCGCAUGCGCGGCACCUAUAUGCUCUUCAUGACCAGUGUGCUUAUGCUCACAGGCGCUUACUACUUCGGGGCGGGCUACUUUAUCCUAAACCUGGAGUUUUCUUUGGACCUAGGCUUUAUCAGCUUCAUGCCGUGGCGUCUGCUGGUCCUGGUGUUGGCCCUGCCCAUGGGGAUGAGCUGGCUGGCGCUGUUAAACUUCUACGAGAGCCCAAAGUUCCUCGCUAAUGCUGGUAGAGAAGACCAGGCGGUGAAAUUGCUAGAAAAGAUAUGGAGGAGAAACGGUGGGAAGGAUGAGUAUCCUGUAAAAAAGAUAAUCCUAAACGAAGACUCCACGGCGCCUGCGCAGAAACUCCCAUUGAUUCAAUCGUUGUGGGCGCAGACUGCCCCCCUCUUCCGUCCUCCGCUGCUUUGGCGAACCCUGCAGCUCUACUAUAUCACCGCCAUGCUCUAUGCCGUGAACAACAGCUUGAUGAUGUGGUACCCAUUCUUGCUGGACGCAUUUCUGGCAGAUGAUGGUUCCUCAGACCAAGGUGGACUCUGCAACAUGAUCCUUCGCUCGCAAGAUGAAUCUAAUAACCAACAGGCUUCCGACUGCUUCUCGAAGCUCGACCCCUUCACAACCUUAUCUAGCAUCGCCUACUCUUUGGUGUUCACGCUGAUCUACCUCGUCAUGUCUCGCUUCGCUGGCCGCAUGAAGCUCAUGUUGAUAAUCAUCCUGACUGUGGCCUCCACGUCCGGUGUGGUCGUCAUAAUGACCACGAACAACACCAUUAGUUUGCUCUUCUUCUUUGGGAUUUUGACGACGGGGCUAGGAAUUGGACUUAUGUUCUCUUACUUCAUUGAGCUGUAUCCCACAUCGUAUCGUGGAAUGGCAGCAUGUCUGGCCGUGAUCAUGGCACGAGGAAGCGCGCUAGCGGCCAUCAACAUCAUCGGCUCCUACAUCAUGACGAACUGCUACCAAUGCUUCUACGCAUUCACAGCCUACACUUUUAGCGGUCUCAUCUUAUCGUGCUUCCUGCCUUCCGACACAAAAAAGAAGACUUAAAGUUUUAGGACAGGUUACGUCAAACCGUUUGUCACCGUUAAAACUUUCGCACAAUUUUAUUGUAUGGAAAGUCUCAUAGUUCUUAGCUGAGUGA